UAGACGUAGUUGAUUUUGAAGCCAAAAAUAAACCACUAUUUUCAGGAGCAAUUUUUCUUGAAUAUUCAGAGUCGUAUAUAUUAAAUAAUGACCAUGGUUAUGACUUUUCUUUUGACUUUCGUCUUCGCUCUUACUAUUGACGUCGGUUUUGCGGACCAGUUCAAAUGUCAGAAAUUUGCGGACGGAUCGGUCUUUCCUACCAGCACCAGUGAAUCCACCAACCACAUAUUGCAGUAUACCAAAGCAUUAAUAUCAAAACCAGCACCCAAUUGGAAAGGUACAGCUAUUAUAAAUGGUACUUUACAAGAGUUGAAGCUUCAAGACUUUCAUGGGAAGUAUCUAGUGUUCUUCUUUUAUCCACUGGACUUCACAUUUGUAUGUCCAACAGAAAUAUUAGCCUUCAACGAUCGGAUCGAUGAGUUUAGAAAGAUUGGAGCUGAAGUUGUGGCUGCAUCUGUGGAUUCACAUUUUACUCAUUUAGCUUGGGUAAAUACUCCGCGUAAGGAUGGAGGAUUGGGUAGUUUAUCUAUUCCUCUAUUGUCAGACAUGACUCAUAAAAUAUCCAAAGAUUAUGGUGUUUAUUUGAGUGAUGUCGGUCAUUCACUCAGAGGAUUAUUUAUCAUAGAUAAUCGAGGUGUUCUUAGACAAAUCACAAUGAAUGACUUACCUGUUGGCCGGAGUGUAGAUGAAACUCUAAGAUUAGUUCAAGCAUUUCAAUAUACAGACAUGCAUGGUGAAGUAUGUCCAGCUAAUUGGAAACCAGGUGGACAAACGAUAAUUCCUGACCCUAUUAAAAAGAAGGAAUAUUUUGAUAGACUGAUUGAAUUAUAAUCUGUAAAUUGGAGAUACGACUAAUUUACAAAAAUAUAAUAUAAUAUUAUAAUAUAUUAAGCAUCACAAAAAG